AUGGCUACUAUUCACAGAUUUCCCAGUGUUGUUUUCUUAGUACUAUUGGCUCUAGGUGCAUGUUCUGCUAGAAGGGCCCUUCUCACCUUUGAUGGUGGAUAUGGUGUAGGCCACGGCAUUGGUGCUGGUUAUGGUGGUGCUGCUACUGCUGGAAGUUAUGGAGGUGGUGCUGGUGGCGGCUCGGGUGGUGGCGGUGGAUAUGGUGGGGAGCAUGGAGUUGUUGGGUAUGGAGGUGGUAGUGGCGGAGGACAGGGUGGGGGAGUAGGAUAUGAUGGUGGAUAUGGUGGUGGUGGUGGUGGAAGUGGUGGUGGUGGCGGUGUGGCUUAUGGUGGUGGGGGAGAGCAUGGUGGUGGUUAUGGUGGAGGUCAAGGAGGUGGAGCAGGAGGGGGAUAUGGAGCCGGUGGGGAACACGGCAUUGGGUAUGGAGGAGGUGGCGGAAGUGGUGCUGGUGGUGGAGGUGGAUAUGGUGCAGGAGGAGCACAGGGUGGUGGGUAUGGUACGGGUGGAGGAGCUGGUGGUGGCGGUGGUGCAGGAGGACAGCAAGGGGGCGGUUACGGGGGUGGUCAAGGAGGUGGAGGGGGAGCAGGUGGAGGGUAUGGUGAAGGUGGAGUACAUGGUGGUGGUUAUGCUGGUAGUGGUCAAGGAAGUGGAGGUGGAGCAGGUGGAGGGUAUGGUGGUGGUGGAGAGCAUGGAGGUGGAUAUGGUGGUGGGCAAGGAGGUGGAGCUGGUGGAGGAUAUGGUGCGGGUGGAGAGCAUGGUGGUGGAUCAGGGGGUGGUCAGGGAGGUGGAGCUGGUGGAGGGUAUGGUGCGGGUGGAGAACAUGGAGGUGGAUAUGGUGGUGGAGAAGGAGGAGGAGCUGGUGGAGGAUAUGGUGCAGGUGGAGAGCAUGGUGGUGGAUCAGGGGGUGGUCAAGGAGGUGGAGCUGGUGGAGGGUACGGUACUGGUGGAGAGCAUGGUGGGGGAUAUGGUGGUGGUCAAGGAGGUGGAGCAGGCGGAGGGUAUGGUGGAGAGCAUGGUGGAGGUUAUGGAGGAGGUCAAGGAGGUGGAGGAGGCUAUGGUGCUGGUGGAGAUCAUGGUGCUGCUGGCUAUGGAGGUGGUGAAGGAGGUGGAGCUGGUGGAGGGUAUGGUGCCGGUGGGGAACAUGGCAUUGGGUAUGGAGGAGGCGGUGGAAGUGGGGGUGGGAGUGGAGGAGGUUAUGGUGAUGGAGGAGCCCAUGGAGGUGGAUAUGGUGGCGGAGCCGGUGGAGGAGCUGGGUAUGGGGCAGGUGGAGCACAUGGUGGUGCUUAUGGAGGAGGUAGUGGAAGUGGCGGGGGCCAUGGUGGCUAUGUUCCCUGA